AUGAUGGCGUGGGACAAUCCUAAAGACUAUGCGCAAAUUCACUGUCCUCGUAAGCCUAAGCAGUGCGAGAACGAGUGGAAGACAAUUGUAUGUUGUGCAGCAAAUAUAAUAUUCCAUGUUGACUUGUGCGAGGCGAAAGUGAGGCCAGAGUAUCUACCUGCCUUGAAGUAUACAGAUCAACUGUCAACUGUAAGUAUCGUAAUGAGACUAACCGAUGGUAUACGAGGUACGGAUCCAAAAAAGCGGGGUUCAUGGCCGAAGGGAGUUCCCGGAGACAAAAUCAAAGAUCUUAUGGCAACUAACCCCUUGUUCAGUGUUGGUACCCUUCAAGGUGCCUUUAAUUAUAACAAGGAUGCUGUCCAGGGGCAAAUUUUACUACCCAACAUCGAUAUGUCUACUGGUCAAUGGGUUUUUGGCCUAUCGAAAGAAUGGUCGUAG